AUGGCGACGAUGAAUCAGAAUGUUUAUUGGCCAUCUGGUCCUCAGCCCUCGACGUCCAUGAUGUCCCCGAUGACAUCACCCGUCUUCCCACCCUAUAACAACAUCGACAUGCACAUGUACCAUAACCAACUCUUCGAACAGAGAUUCGGACACCAUUUCAAUUCAUUUUACAGUUCCGACUCUAAUCAGUCAUCGUGAGUUUUGUCAUAAGACUGUAAAACUUGAAGGAUUAUAACAAAAAAACCUUGUUGUUUUGUCUAUGUUAACAUAGGCUAACUACUCAAAAAAUACUUUAUAUGACUAAAAUGAUUAUUAUACACUGUUUGUACUCUUUUUCUAUAGAAACAAUGUUAUCUUUUCAGAAGUGUAAAGACCUCUCCAGAAAGAGACGAAUGCAAUCAGAAGAGCAAGAAAGGUGGUGCCAGAAGGUAUAAGACCCCCUCCCCUCAGCUUUUGAGAAGCCGAAGAGAAGCGGCCAAUGCGAGGGAACGACGACGAAUGAACCAUCUCAAUGACGCCUUCGAAGAGGUGGGUUACUGUAAUUUUUGAAACAGAAAACAGUGAUUUAUUGUGCAAAACAUAAGCCAUGAUUCACAGUUUUUCAUAAUUAUUUCUUAAAUAUAGUAUUUUGUUUGAACAGUAAAUAGAAAAGAGAAUUCAAUACCUAAAAGUGUGUUAGUUAUCAUAUAAUCUAUGACAUAAUUUAAAUAUUAAUCAAUUAACUUCCCAUAUCUAUAUUUAUGUACUAAUUUAUAGCUGCGCAACGUGCUGCCACCCCUAGAACAAGGUCGUCGUCUGUCCAAGUUCGAGACCCUUCAGAUGGCCCAAGCCUACAUCGAGCAACUGGUCUAUCUCCUCCAACAGUCAUAA